AAUUACUGUUGACAGGGGACUUUUCAAUGACUUCGCGUUCUAUAAACAAAUCAAAAAUUUCUACAAAAUUCAAGUGCUGUCGUUUUAGUUGUAGCAAUGGUUAAGAUGAUACCAUUUUGUGCCGCAAGGUCUACAGGACCUAGUUACAAUGUAGGAAUAAAUAUACAACAAAUGAUGAGUUCUAUGAAAUUUCAACGGUGUACAAAAAGACAGUAUCCUGCUUUAACUUACAAUAUGAGAUCAUCAAUCGUAACAUUUGAUGGAGCACCUCUGUCGAGACUGACAUCAGCGAUAAAUGCUCGGGCUCGGCAUAUCAAACGACAAAGGAAACGUCAAUAUCACAUCGGAUUCAAAAUGCCAAGAAUUACUGCAGAUAUGAAUUCUACUAACGAAGUUACACCACAAUGUAAUCAUGAGUCGCAGCUUGGUUCGUCAGUAAACGAGCACUCCGAGCCUCAUUUAAAUAGAAAUCUGCAAUUCUUGUACCGAAGCGUCCGACAUAUUCGUCAGGAAUCACCGAUGGAACAAGAUUCUGUUGAUCAGCUGGGUGGUUCGUCCAUUGAUGUUCGACAUAUUGAUAGUGGAGUUAAUCUUUCGAGGUGCAAAAAAAGAAUUUGUAUUCCCAAAUCAGAAUUGGAAGUACUAUUUGCUUCCCAAGAGUUUGAAAAUUUUGAUAUGAUGAGUGAGUCUGAAGUUUCUAUAGUUCAGUGGAUAAAAAAUGGGGAUAAUAAAUUGAAGGAAGGGAAGGAAAAACUACUGAAGCAUACCAAUUAUGAAGGAGACAACUUGUAUCAGCAAUUGCGAGGUGAUAGUAUUCUUCAAGGAAAAGAAAAUAAACUGAAAGAGGUCUUAAUGCAACUUCACAAUGACUUUGAAAAACUCACUAAAAUACACUCUGAAUUAUCUCACAAAAUGCAGAAUAAAGAAAUGAUGGCAGGGGGAGACAACGAAGGAAUGUCGAAGACACUUUGCGAUGUGGAAAAAGAAUUGUCGAAAAAAGAAGAUCAGAUUAUCAUGUUCAUCACUUUGUGUAAUGAAGUUAUUUCUCUUAAACAAAGGAUCAAGUAUUUAGAUUGCGUGGAACAAAACUACAUAGAGAAUCCGAAAUGUGGUCAAAGUAGUUCAGCUUUUGUUACGCUGAGUCGUUGUUCUUCUUUCAAUGAAUACUGCAAAAGCAAUAGAUGAUAGAAUCAUAUAUAUUUUUUAAAUUGUUGGUUCCAAAAUGAAUGUAGGUAGUUUAAUCAAAUUAUACUUGAAUUUGGGA